ACACGUGACGUACACGGGUAUUUCCUUUGCGAGCAGGUCUCUUUCCUCUUAAUUACGGCGCGGAAAAAAUGAAGAGAGAUUAUUGGUUUACGUUUGCAAGGCGUGGCGGUUGAGAAUAAAUGUUAAUAAACGCGCCUCAGUGCGUGGAGUUUAUAUCCGGUGGAGGCAAGCGAGCGAUUGUUGCCGCACGGAAAAGGCACCCGCACUCGCGAAUAAGGCAUCCGCGAUAUUUUCGCCAAUUUCGAUUUUAAAAUAUAAAAAACAAUUGUUUGCAAACAAGUCGAGGUUUUGUUUGCGUUAAAAUAAUACCGCGUUAUUUUGUUUGUUGCCCCCCCCCCCCCCAACGCAUCUGUCGCCGUGCUUAAUUGAAGCGCAGUUCGUGUAAACGCGUUUUUUUGGGGUGGGGGCCGGUCUCACGGUGGCGAAUCCGCGGGGCUGCGGAGAAGUCGCCAACGUCCGCCUUAGCCGAGGUCACGUGGUGACAACGUCCCCCACACCACGGCCGCGUGGAGUGGUCUUUUAUUUGUAUUUUGACGGACUCGAGUGGAAUUUACUUUUUGUUAUUUAGAUUUUCCAGCCGGAAUCGAGUUCCGCACCUUGCGGACACUGCAACCGCUGGCGACGAGCACGACGCCUAACAACCAAGCAGAUACGCGCCGCGGGGUUCCGCUCGCGAAGCCGCCCGUGUGUCGGGAGCUGCCCCGUGACCUCCCCCCGCCUGCUCAAGAAUAAGAUCAUCAGGCAGACAUGGCUGCCCAGGUUACAGAGGCCGAACAAAUCAAGCAGUUUAAGGACUUCCUGGGCUCGUAUAACAAGCUGUCAGAGCUGUGCUUCAUGGACUGUGUGAAGGACUUCACGGUCCGGAAGGUGCUGGACGAAGAGAACAACUGCACCGAGACCUGCAUGCAGAAAUAUUUGAAGAUGACGCAGAGAAUCUCGCAGCGAUUCCAGGAGUACCACAUCCAGCAGAACGAGGCCCUGGCUGCUCGCGCAGGCCUCAUCGUCCAGCCCAAGAUGUGAGCCGAGCGCCAAGGGGCCACUUCGCAAUCCCGCGACAUAAAGGGGCCAAGCUACUGUGUGCAGCACUGUCUUCGCACAGACACGUCUGCAAUGUGCUUAACGAGUCUGGAGGAUCACGUUGCCCAAAUAACUGUGUUUCUUAUUUUUUAAAGAGAUUUUUGGAAACAGGAUUUGUGCCGAUCCAAGCAUUGGGCUUAAAUGCUGCCAUAAACCCAGAGCAUGUGCUUUUCAUCCAUGUUGGCUUUAAAAAGCAAGAUCCUGUUGUUUUUUAAGAAAAUGUACAUUAGACAUCCCUACUGUGUAAAGGCUGUUGAUGCACUUCGGACUGUAUUUGUAAUACAGGAGUUAAUAUGGGGGAGCUAUGUUACCUUGCCUCAUUGAUGAAAGGAUUAAAGAAAGCAUUUUUGCAUGCAUAACCAAUAUUCUGUAUUGUAAACAUGUUGAGCUGUGGCUUAAUAAAAUAAUGUAACACAAA